GCAAUUGUUAUAAUGGAAGAAUAUGGAAUUCCUGGUUCGAGUUCUUCAACUCCUGCAGGACAUAAUCACUAUGGUUAUGUUAACAAAAACUCUUCAACUAGUUCAACUUUUAUCAUUAACAAAACGAACACAAAAGUUGAAGAUCAGACCAUUAUUGAUCAUGCUAAGGAAUUUAUGAAAGACUUUAAAAAUCCAUCAAAUUUAAUUAGUUUUAAGUAUUUAGUUGAAGACCUUGAAGUAGAACCUUCUGCAUCAUUAUUAGAAUUAUUAGUUGAUGCACUUUUAUUACUUA